AUCGCCCUAAAAGGUAAAGUUUCCCCCUUGACAUUAAGUCUAGUUGAUGUUCCUCAAUAUGACCAUAAUUGGUCAUGUUGGACUCAAUUGAGAGGCUGACCUUUAAGCCUCUCCCUUCUGAUUGGCCCACUCAGCCCCCCCUUUACGCAUCACUGUGCCUCCUACAAGCAUAUAAGCUUUGGCCAGCCCCUGCUUCUUUACCAGUUAGCUUUGGACUGGGUGGAGGUGCAGGUGCAGGUGGUUGGUGUAGCAAGUGACAGCGAGGUCUUAUUCAAUCUUUCAGCUCUUGUUUCCUUGAUUUAAUUUUUCUUAUUCUUAUUUUAUUUUCUCUCUUGAUCUUUGAUCUUUACCUUUGAUCUUUACCUUGUAUCUUAACCUUUUAUCUUUACCUUUACCUUUCUCUUUUUUCUUUUCUUUUUAAUUUUUAUCUUUAUUUAUUGUGUAGUGUGUAGAGUGUAUUUUGUAGAGUGUAUUUUGUAGAGUGCAGUUUAUAUUGUGUGUAGUUUGUAGUGUUGUUUGUAGUGUGUUGUGUUUUUUAUUUUUUUAGUUAGAGCUAGUUAGGCUCUAGAGAUAGCGUAGUCAGGAAAAUGAAAAAAACGAAAAAGCUGAAUACCUGGGUGUGGGCCGAGGAUCCUCUACGGCCUCCGUCAAUCCCCUCCUUGAUGGAGAAAAAAAGUUCCGAGGAGGCGGUUCCGACAACAAGCAAACAAAGUUCUGUCAAGAAGCUCCCAGCAAUAACGACAAGGGAAAGGCGCCCCCUCUGGGAACUUGCUGGAAAAAAAGAAGAGGAAGCAAAGCAAAAAAAGGCCAGCAUCGAAGCCCGCAAAACUGAAGAAAAAUUCAAAAGAGAUCUUCUGGCUCGUCAAAAGAAGCUUGAAUACAAACAAUGGCGGGACCUCCAUUUGUUAGAUUACUGGCAACAGAAGGAAAGGCAGGAAAAGGAGUCCCUGGAGCGGCGGCAGCAAGAAAAAAAAGUACGUCAAGAAAGGGAGCUGGCAGCGGCGGCUCUCCUGGAGAAGAAGGAAGGGAUCCGCCUGAUCUACACGGGGUCGGACUGGAUCCGGCCCCCCUGCGUUCCAGGGGAUCCCUUCCUGACGGGAAAUAAGGAGAGCCGCCAACCAAUCGAUCAACAUCGCCAGCCCUACUUUCUGCCUCCCAUAAAAGAGGAAGCCAACGCCGCUGCUCCCGGGACCAGCUCUGCAACGUUCAACAAAACGAACUGGCCAUUUUUCCUUCCAAAGCCGCCACCCAGGACGUGAUGAUUUAUAUCCCGCAGAGGAUCCUCGAUGACAAUGACCGGCCCUUUGAAUUACGAAGCCCACACCCAGGACUUGAUGCUUUAAGAAAUAAAGUUUUGGAAAAAAAAUUGACUUUGAGUUUUUUCACUUUACCAUUGCUUUAAUAAAGUUUUGAAAAAUAA